AUGGAUCAAUUGUCUGAUUCCAAUUUUGUUCUUGGGAACUUGAGCUUAACUGGCUUUGAGGAGGACAAAAAUUUCCAUGUUGUUUUAAAUUCCGUCUUAGCUGGGCGUUAUCAUGUUACUGAGUAUCUUGGGUCUGCUGCAUUCAGCAAAGCUAUUCAAGCACAUGACCUUCAUACCGGCAUGGACGUUUGUGUGAAGAUUAUAAAGAACAACAAAGAUUUUUUCGAUCAGAGUCUUGAUGAGAUAAAGCUUCUGAAGUUUGUCAACAAGCAUGAUCCUGGUGACAAGUACCAUAUUCUUCGAUUGUAUGAUUACUUUUACUAUCGAGAGCAUUUGUUAAUUGUAUGCGAACUUCUUAAGGCAAACCUGUAUGAGUUCCAUAAAUUUAAUAGAGAAUCUGGAGGAGAGGUCUACUUCACAAUGCCAAGACUCCAGUCGAUCACGAUUCAGUGCUUGGAGGCACUUCAAUUCUUGCAUGGUCUUGGUCUCAUACAUUGUGAUUUGAAGCCAGAGAACAUUUUGGUGAAAAGCUACAGUAGGUGUGAAGUGAAGGUCAUUGACCUUGGAAGUAGUUGUUUUGAAACAGAUCAUUUAUGCUCGUAUGUUCAGUCUAGGUCCUAUCGUGCACCUGAGGUUAUUAUGGGACUUCCGAAUCAGGUUGGGGUUGCUUCACCUCUUGGUAGUGAGAUCACUGAGAUGGUUCUCUUCCAAAACGAUUCACCCGCUACGUUGCUUGCUCGGGUGAUUGGAAUCAUAGGUCCCCUUGGCCAAGACAUGCUUGCCAAAGCUGCUGAGAGGGUGUAUGGCACGACGAAGCUUUGCGACUAUGCCAUUCUUGGCAACGGUGAUCGCCGACGAGAAGGCGUAUUCCCGUUACCAUUGAAACUGUGGUUAGCAUUCCCAGAUUGGGGAGUGUUAACGCCGGGUGUCGCACGGGCCUUCAUUCUUGAUAGGGCUAAGUAG